ACCUGAGAUCAAGUUUCAUACAUCAGCAACAGCAAUUAGAGCUUGGCAGCAAUUACCUUCUCUUUGUCUAAACUUACCGUAGCUGCUGUUUCCUAGCAUCCAUCUUUACAUGGAAAUAGUACAUCGUGAUGAAAAGGAAUUUUUGACUGCUGAAGUCUAGCCUCUUGAUGUUUUGGGAUAGCAAUAGACUAUUGGACAUACUUACCAUGCAAGGAAGUACAUGCCAUGCGAGCACACUUCCUGCAUUUGUGCGGGCACCUACCCUGAUGAUGCAGCCAUCGCUUGACAUUAAAUCAUUUAUGCCCUUUCCAAUGGAUACUGGCUCAGCUGUUGGACUCUUCCCGAAUUUUAACACAAUGGAUCCUGUGCAGAAAGCAGUCAUUAACCACACAUUUGGAGUUUCAGUUCCUCCUAAAAAGAAGCAAAUUAUUUCAUGCAAUGUCUGCCAGCUACGAUUUAAUUCAGAGAGCCAAGCCGAGGCGCACUACAAAGGCAGUAAACAUGCCAAGAAGCUCAAAGCACUGGAGGCCACGAAAAAUAAGCAGAAAACUGCUCCUUCCAAGGACAGCACAAAGGCCAUCACCUCCUCCACCACAACCACUGCAAUCACUCCCAACAGCUCUGAAAAAACAGAUGCAGUCAGGCUGGCAUUCAACAGUGUCACUGUGAAUAAUGUACUGAUACAUACCAGUGUAGGCACUGAGCUGCCUAAACCCACUUCAGUUGUAGGAGAAACUGGAAAUCUGAAUGCACAUGCAACAAAAACAGUGAUAUCAAUGGCAGCAGUAAGCGUUGAUGGCACUGCGACUACUUCUACUGAGUCAGAGGAAGAAAAAGCAAAAAAGCUUCUCUACUGUUCACUAUGCAAAGUAGCUGUAAAUUCAUUAUCACAGCUGGAAGCACACAAUACAGGCUCCAAGCACAAAACAAUGGUUGAAGCUCGGAUUGGAGCCGGUCCUAUUAAAUCUUAUCCCAGACCAGGAUCAAAAGCUAAACUUCAAAAUGGUACAAAGGGUUCAGGAUUGCAAAACAAGACUUUUCAUUGUGAAAUCUGUGAUGUUCAUGUCAACUCAGAAAUCCAACUCAAACAGCACAUUUCCAGUAGGAGGCACAAGGACAGAGUAGCAGGAAAACCAUUGAAACCUAAAUAUAGCCCCUAUAACAAACUGCAACGCAACUCAAGUAUCUUGGCAGCAAAGAUAGCAUUUCAAAAGGAUUUAAUAAAACCCUUGGCACCUGGUUUUUUAUCAAAUCCUUUUGCAGCUGCAGCAAUGACCUCUCCACUUUCUCUCCACCCACGUCCUGCUACCUCGCUGUUCCAGACGACUGCAUUAACACCUGCCCUUUUGAGGCCAGCACCUGGACCCAUCCGUGCAUCACCCGGCUCAAUUCUCUUUGCACCUUAUUGAUUUCUUCCUUUCAUGGGAUAACAUGAAGCCAGUAGAGACAGGAAAACAAACAACUUUUUUUCCUUGUGUUUGUCCCUGUUGUGAAGAGUACAGACUGAUACCUGAUCAUAGGAUCUUCCAUGGACAGUUGUGAUCUCAGUGCUGGAAUUACGAGGUUUUUAGUUAACUUACCAACACCAGGUUGUGAUUUACAAGGGAACUUUUAUAGGGUUUUUGCCCUUAAGAUAUAUAAUUGUUUUUAUUUGGAUUGAGUCUGACCACUGAUGGAAUCCAUCUACAGACCAAGAGCAAAUAAUUGAUUCCUGUUGCUGCAGACUUGAAAUCGAGAGUCUUCCUAAUAAAUAGAGGUGUACAAAAAUAUUCUUGAUGUAAAUUAACAUCUCCUGGUACAUAAUGUAAUACAUUAUGUGGUAAAUUGUGAAUAAUAUACAAACAACUGAUUCUGUAGUUUAAAACAAUGUUGUGCUGUCAGGGAUUGUGAAAUGCUGUUACAGACCUGAGUACAAUACUGUUGUAACUUGUGGAGUGAUAGAAUUGUUUCAGGUCUAAUUUAAAACUCUAAUAGUAAUUUAUGUUUAGUUGCAGAGUAGGUGCUUGCAGGUAUUUACAGAACAUUCUGUGAACUUUUUCUUUCACUUAUUGUUUUGUCAGGGUACAUUACCCCAGUAAGUUCAUAACAUGCAGUUGUAUUAGCUCAUCAGAUAUAAUUCACAUUUUGAUGUUUUUCAUUUUUGCUCUGUGCUAAAUUUGUUUUAACUUUUUUGGUAGCAUUUUCCCAGUUUUGCUGCUAAAUAAUGUGAAAGAUGCAUUUGAAGUAUCAGCUCAGUGUAUUGCACAAUUUAUGAUGAUUCUCUUGCAGAACUUUUUAAAGAAAUAUUUAGGGUCUUUUUAUUUUACAGACUUUGACUUCUUCCAUUGUGAUGUUUAGCUGUGAUGCUGCUGCAUUAAUUUGUAGCACUUCAAUGCAAUAAUGUACAGAAAAUAAAUAAUUUUAGAGAAAAUAUUUUAGGCUUUACUGAACGUGUUGCAAUACCAUUUGCCUUGAAAAUAAAGGCUAACGAGAUAUGCAGUGCAUAAAACAAAAUAAGUUGAUGUUUGUAUUUUUCAGUACUCAGAAGACAUGACAACAAAUAUGACGUGCAUCAAUCAACUCUCUAACUUCCAUCAAGUACUCUUGUAAAAUGCCCAGUGUUUAAUACAUGUCAGAAUAAAACUAACACUGUCUACCA